AUGGCAGACCAGGCGCCCUUCGACACGGACAUCAGCACCCUGACCCGCUUCGUCAUGGAGCAGGGCCGGAGGGCCGGCGGCACGGGCGAGCUGACCCAGCUGCUCAACUCGCUCUGCACGGCCGUCAAAGCCAUCUCCCUGGCCGUGCGCAAGGCGGGCAUCGCGCACCUCUAUGGCAUUGCUGGCUCUACCAACGUGACGGGGGAUCAAGUUAAGAAGCUGGAUGUCCUCUCCAAUGACCUGGUGAUGAACAUGUUAAAGUCAUCCUUUGCCACCUGUGUUCUUGUGUCGGAAGAAGAUAAAGAAGCCAUCAUAGUACAACAGGAGAAGAGGGGUAAAUACGUGGUCUGUUUUGAUCCCCUUGAUGGAUCUUCUAACAUCGAUUGCCUUGUGUCCAUUGGAACCAUUUUUGGCAUCUACAAAAAGAAAUCAGCUGGUGAGCCUUCUGAGAAGGACGCUCUGCAGCCAGGCCGGAACCUGGUGGCGGCCGGCUAUGCGCUCUAUGGCAGCGCCACCAUGUUGGUCCUCGCCAUGGACAGUGGGGUCAACUGCUUCAUGCUGGACCCGGCCAUCGGAGAGUUCAUUUUGGUGGACAGGAAUGUGAAGAUCAAAAAGAAGGGUGACAUCUACAGCCUCAACGAGGGCUAUACCAAGGACUUCGACCCAGCCGUCGCUGAGUACGUCCAGAGGAAGAAGUUCCCCCCGAACAAUGCAGCCCCCUACGGCGCCCGGUAUGUGGGCUCCAUGGUGGCCGAUGUUCACCGCACCCUCGUCUAUGGAGGGAUCUUCCUGUACCCCGCUAACAAGAAGAGCCCCAACGGAAAGCUGAGACUCCUGUAUGAAUGUAACCCAAUGGCCUUCGUCAUGGAGAAGGCGGGGGGAUUGGCUACCACCGGGAAGGAGGCUAUCUUAGACAUCAUUCCCACUGAUAUUCACCAGAGGGCACCAGUCGUCUUGGGGUCCCCUGAUGACGUGAACGAGUUCCUGGAGAUCUGUAAGAAGCACUCUGCCAAGUGAGGAGCUGGCCUUGCCCGUGACCAACAGAAAUGCCUUGCACCUCACGUGGCGCUACCCCCUCAGACAGCAGGCGUGAAAAGCAUGGAUCUUUCUCACCAUCAAAUGCUGCGUAAUGC